GAUAACAUUUUCAGAAUGUAAAUAAGUUAAGCUUAAUAUUCGCAAAAAAUUGUUUCGCAGAAAUAGAAAAUACAACAAUCCAUCAAUUAAGCUCUUUCUCAUCAGGUUCGACCUGGAAAAAAGCGUCGCCUAUGGCACCAGAAAAUAGGCUCCCUGCAUUAGUGCCCAUCCUCUAUUAGAUCCUCUGUAUAAAGAGGCAUUUUAUCAUACGAAGAGAGUUGGCAACGUAGUUUAUUAUGGAAUAAAAGGUUGGAUAACAUUUCUAACGCUAGUUGCGUUGCACUAUUGCAAAUUACUCUGAGAAUUUAGCAAAGAGUUCCUUUUUGUGUGCAAAGCUCAAAUUAUGUUUAGUGAGUUGUACUACACUACUACCCCGUACCAAGGCGCCUGUAACAAGGACAAUAAAAAAUCAUACUCUUCUUUCCUAUGAAAAAUGGAAGAAGAAAAAGGGCAUGCGCCUUUUUUCGUCCAUUAAUUAAGAUGAAUUUUUAAGAUUUGAGAUGUUGCCUUAUAUCUUUGGAUGGAAGAUUAAUGCACAAGGGAGAGUCAUACUCCGUCAAGGACAAAUUUCUUUCUGGUAAAAAUUAAUAUGUCAACAUCAAUUUCUUUAUGUUAAGACAAUAAAAUAGAUCAAAGUAGAGAUAUUCAUGUUAGAUUAUAUUACAAAAACAAAAGAAGUUAUCUUAAAUCUUCUGCAAUUUUUUAUCUCGCAUUCCCGUUAUCUGUGCGUUGCUAAUUGAGUAAUGCGCACAUGUUAUGUUGGGGGAUAAAAGCGAAGUAAGCAUUUUACCAAGGGCUGCCUUAUACGCGGGGUAAUAGAGUACUUCUAACUCAAUAAUAAACUUACUUUCGUGUAUCUAUGACAUGUCCGUGUUCCUGUCUGAAAAGAGUAUUUCUAGUUUAGUAAUAAAUUUUCUUUUGUGUAGCUAUGACGACAAUCAUAUAAGUGUUUCUUACACAAACACAAUCUCCGCUUCACAAUGAGAAUAUAGUCUGGAAGAAAGAGCAUAGUCGAGCAAUCACAGUUAACUAACUAUAUAUUUAAUUAGCAUAAUUACGAAUAAUUUAUUCAGGAGCUAAACAAAGCAAUUUGCAAUCCUCUUCUGACUGUCUAUUUUUGUUUUAUAAUAGAUAUUAGGAGAUCAAUUUAUGCGCAAGUCUUUGAUAAAAUGUAUGGUUAGUAGGAAGAUAUGUUUGUUUUUUGCAUUGGCUGAGAAAGUGUAAAUCUGUUGUGUACUAAGCUAUGUUGACUUCGUCAAUGACCUACAAAAAGUUGAGUAAACGUUUAUCUCAACUAGACGGAAUAUUUCGUCGGAGCGAAAUAAUCAAAGAUUCUGAUGGGUUGGCGCGAAUUUAUAAAAAUUAAUUCUAUUUUUAAACUGCGAAAGUUUUUGGGAGUCAAUUUUUGUCAAUCCAAAAAGCAAAGCAAGGUAUAACCUGUGUGCUUCUUUGUUUAAUGCGCGAAUAUCCUGACCUUAGGGUUCACCUAUUUCGCGAAAUAUAUCUGUUCUUUAUUUUUUCCACAGACACCAAAGUGGUUAAAGGGCACUAAAAGCUCUCAUUCGAGUAACAGACACUAAGAACAUAGCCUACGGAAUCUGUUAAUUUUGUGGAAGUAAACAGAGGAACUUGUCUAUAUGAGAAAUAUGUCAAACCAAAUUCUGUUUUUGGGUCACCAAUCUAAAUGAAAUGCAAAUUUGUGACCUUUUUACUUUUUUUGUUUGUUUGUUUGUUUGUUUAUGUUGUUGUUUCUUUAUUUUAAAAGAUACAUUAACCUAGAUUUGCUAGAAACCUAGAAAUCUAAAGAGAUUAUUCUCGAAUUAAGAUUAAAAGGCAUUUUGUAGAGACCUGUUUUUUCGGCUAAAUGUGCUUAUUUUCGUUUCUUUUGUUACACUUUUUCAACCUGUAAUUUUCUCAUUUUUUUUUCUUCCCAAAAACACACGAUUUAUUAUAAGUAAACUUUUUAUUUAUUAUAAUAUUGUUUUAUCAUUUCGACAUGAGUGUGCUCAACUUCUGGUCAAUUUCUGAUACAAAUUGUGGGGAAAAAAAGCUUCAAAUAUAACCUGAGAACAUUAACAUCAAUGAUAGGAUACAAGCUUGAAUAAGUUAAAAAAGAAUAACCAAACAUUCAUAACCAUGGAAGCAAAAUUUCAAGAUAAGCAUUUGUCUGUUUCAUCUUAAAUGUUCUUAUAAAAUAUAUUCUAAUCAAAUCUGGCGUAUGAUAAAUAUUUGUUAUAUUGAUAGAAAUUGACGAUAGUAUAUUAAAAAAUAAUAAAGCAGAAAAAUAACUUUUUUCGUAGUAAGCCAAUUUUUAUACAAAGUUUCAUUCUGUGUCAACCUCGUUCCCAAGGCCUGUUGUCUCUUUUCUAUAACUGAGAAGGCGAGACGAAUUAUCGCCAUCUCGAUGUCAGAAAAGAUACAAGAUGCCUUGGGGGACAAGGUUGAUUCUGUGUGCAUCUCACAUCGUUCCAUGUGUUUCAAAAUAAGAGAAAAUAAGGGUUACAUUGAAGAAUUAGCCUUUUUCAUAUCUUUAUAUUUUCUACAAUGUUAAAGAUAAAUAAACUCAUCUUCACAAGAAAUGUCGACUGCAGCUAAGCUAGACACCAACGUGUCUGGAGGUGUUUCAAGUAUAAAAGCGCACUUAAGAGGCUUGCAAGACCAAAUCAAAGCUGUAAAUAAAGAAAGUGAUCGCACAGAUCAAGAAAACGAGAAAGCGAAACUAGUUUUUCUUAAGGCCUAUGGAAGGCAGCAAAAACUUCGUGAAAAAAUGGCAGAAACAGAAGAAAAGAUCGAUAAAACAGAAGAGAAGAUUAAAGAAAUGAAAAAACGAAUGAAUGAGAAAGAACAGUUUUUGGAAGAAUCACAAAAAUUUAAUCGAAGUUUAAAAUCUGUGGCUCCAGAUGCGAACGUGGUGAGUGAAGUGGAAGAAAGGUUGCAUAAAUACAAAGAGCUGUACUCACAAAAUUACGAGCGAUAUCAAAAAGCACGUAAUGUGAAGAUUGAGUUAGAGCAAAAAGUUGAGCUACUCGAAACAAAAUCGCAAGAUGCACAACGCAGACUAGUAGCCCUGCAAACAGAACUGGAGUAUAACAAGUUGGAAGAGGGAAGAAGACAAGAAGGAUGUAAAAGUGCUAUCGACAAUGCUUUCAAAAGCGAAAAAAACUACCUAGAUUUGCAACGAAACUUAGAUGGUGUAAUGAAGAGACGUGAAGAAGGGUUGAAAAAGAUGAAUGCUUUAGAAUCUAAAGUUGCAAAAACUGAAGACGAAAUCGAUAAUAUAAAUUUUGAUCGUCGAAGAAUUGAAGCUACAAUUAGAGAAAUUUUAAGUGGUAUUAAAAACCAGAGUAAGAAUUAAAAAAAAUGGAAUUAAACUUCUGCAUUUGCUCAGAAUAACAAAUGGAUCCAGCUUUUAUUAUUCUAUAGCUAUACCACUGCACAUAAAACUCUAAGAAAUAACAGAACUUUCAAACCUAUAGCUAAUAGUUUGAGGAAACAUUUUCUAACUAUUUCAAGACAAUUUUUACGAACAAGUUAUGAUGAAUUGCCUGUACCACCUUUUCUUUCUGCAUAAUUUUUUCGACUAUCAUUAACUUUAUUAUGCAAGUCGUUACUUUUAUUGGAAUUUGUCAUCAACAGAGGUUAUGGACUUUACAAUGUUUUAUUUAUCAUAUUUAAGAGAGCCGCUGUCGGUUUCAUUCGUUUUCAUCCUCCAUCGAAACAAUGCCUUCCUUGAUUUGCUCUUCUCAAAAAUUCAAUUAAAUGAACGCCUGGGUGGUUCUUCAAGUCUUUAUGGUAUAUUUUAAAUGUUAAAGACAGAACUGAGCCAACCAGUUCAUACUGGUUAUUUUUAUUUUUGUUUUAUUUGUAAUAUCUGUAUAUAUAUAAUUUGCACGUUUUAUAUUUUAUAUUGUUUUUAAUAAAUACAACUUAGCAGAAA